GAACUUCGUUAUUAAGUAUUGGUCUUUUGCAAACAUUGACCCUUUUUCUUUCAAUUUAUAUGAUUCACAUCCUUUUUCACCCUUUUCUAAGAAACUUCGACAUGGUAAACAGUUGCAUUAAUAUUGGAUGUGCAGAUGGACAGCAAUAAGGUUCAACUUUGUUUUAAUCGUUUUACGAAAGACCCCGAGAGAAGGAGGCUUUGGCAAUCAAUCGCAAGAAUUUUGAUUCUGUACCUGGGAGUGAUGUAACAGUUUGUGCUAAUGUGUGUAGAAAGGAGGAGGGGCUUCGACGAGGAAACCGUGAUCUUCGAUAAGUCAUCUGUCAAAAGAUAUGGAGAAAAUGUGCAAAGCAGAUUUCACUCUUAUCAAGCCAGAAGGUAUCAAGAAGAAUCCAAUAAUAAUUCCUGGGAAAGGUAUUCUGAGAACCCUGGAAACAACAGUGGUAGGAUACGUGACCCUAGAAUUUCUCCACCUGUAUGUGAUUCCUAUAUAGUGCCAGUGAGAAGUGAGGGUUUUUCAAGAACAGGAAAUAGCUACACUAUCAGUUCUAGUGAUGCUGCACAAAGAGACUUUGAUAUACAUGUAGGCCGAUUACACGAUAGUAGUAGAGAUGUAAACCAUUUUAGAAAUAAGCAAUAUAAUUGCAACGAAGUACAAUUGCAUAGAAAUCAGGAAAAUGAAACUUCAAACCAAGGACAAAGCCCAAGUAUAAGUGAAAGUCCCAAUUUCGAGGUAGAGUCAAGUGAUGUAAGUAAUGAAAGAAAUUUUAGAUAUGGUCUCAUUCAAUGGACUGAUUGUAAAUAUGCUAAGAUGAAGAUAAACAAAAAUUGUGUGAAACGAGCACCAGGACUGUCAAAGUUACUUAGUAGUAAUAAGUCGUCUAUCCUUAAAGGCUGUUGGCUUAAAGAAAUCAUACCAAGGAAUGUAGCUACUCAAGUUAAAAAAAGCCAAGAAAAUAUACCAAAGACAACUACAAAUUCUAGCAUAAGUGAUCAGAGAGCUAGUAGUCAGGGACAGCAAAAUGCUACUGUGAUACAUUCGAAAUUUGAUAAUGGAGCCAGUGAAUACAUAGUAUCGCAAGAAUUUCAAGAAAGCCAGACUCUCUUAAAUCAACUAACAGAAAAUGGUAAAAGUGAAAAUACAACCAUUAAUAACCAGUAUCUAAAUGGAGAAGAGGAAGAGGGUCCGGUUUAUCCUCUGUCUGUGGGAUCACUAUUAUCUGCUCUUAGGAAAAGUGUUGGCAAUGGAAAUUCAAAGGAUAGUCUUACAAACGAUGACACCAGUGCAAAGACUACUCCCAGAAAUAACAACUUAGGUCUUCAUGGGAUUCCCCAAGAAGGUGCAGAUAUUAAUUUUAAUCUUAAACGUGAUAUAUGCUCAAAGGUUAUGCACAGUGGGGAAACCAAUGCCAAGGUGACCUAUAAAGAUACAAAUCCCAAGGAAACUUGCAAAAAUCACACCAAUUCCAUGAUUUGUAAAUAUGACACUAGUUCAAAGACGAGUCAUAAAAAUAACACCAACUCCAAUGUGACUCAUAAAGCUGACACUAAUCCCAAGGUGACUCAUAAAGCUGACACUAAUUCCAAGGGGACUCUCAAAAAUCACAUCAGCUCCAAAGAGUCAUGCAAAGAUAACACUAGCUCCAUGGGGAGUCAUAUAGAUGACUGCAAUUCCAAAGUGUCUCACAAAGAUGGCUCAGAUUCCAAGGUGACUCACAAAAAUUACACCAACUGCAAGGCGACUCAUAAAAUUGGCACUAGUAUCAAAGCAACUCAUAAAGAUGACACCAGCUCCAAGAGGAUUCACAGAGAUGACACCAGCUCAAUAAUGACCCACAAAGAUGACACCAGCAACAAGGUGACUCAAAAAGUUUGCACUAUUUCUAAAUUGUCACACAAAGAUGGCACCAGCUCCAAGGGGACUUGCGAAAAUUACACCAGUUCCAAGGUUACUUGCAAAGAUGACACCAGGUCUAAGGUUCCUCAUGAAGCUAGGACUAGUUCAAAGGUGACUCAUAAAAAUGAUACCAGUGCCAAGACAACUCGCAAAGACUCCACCUGUUCAUUGGUGACCAAGAAACGUGAUAAGAAUACCAAAGUGACUCACGAAGGUAGCACUAACUUAAAGGUAACUGACAUAGAUGACAAAGUGACACACAUUGACACUAAUUCCAAUGUGACUCACGACGAUGACAGAAAUUCCAAGGUGACUGAUAAAGGUGACACCAAUUCCAAAUAUAACACUGGUACUAAGGUGACUCAUGAAGGUAACAUUAGUUUGAAACUAAAAGAGACGCAGAAAGAUGAGACCAGUUCCAAUAUGAUUCAAGAUGACAUUAAUUUCAAUAGGAUUCAAGAAGGCAAUUAUGACACCAGCUCCAAGGUGACUCACCAACAUGGCACAGGUUUCAAAGGUACUCACAAAGAUGGUACUCACAAAGAUAAUGAAGCCAGUUCUAAUAUAGAAACCACUAAAGAGGUGACCCUCCAGAAAGAUGAUAAUACCUGUCCCAAAGUGUCCCCUCUCCUAAAUGUAGAUAAUGGUUUCAAGUUGAAAAUUUCCCGUCCUAGACAUGUAGGUACACCAAAAAGUAAAAAUGCGACUGAAGUAAAUUCAUUACCUAAUUGCCACACUAAAACAUCAACAAAAAGAAUGGCAGAUGGAGAUGAGAGGAAUGCAUCAAAUUAUGUAGAUAAUCUGGACAGUGAGAAUAUUGAUAACAUUAGGGAGACCAUAAGAACGUUAGUUAAUCAAAAAAAUAAUGCAAAUGAAACUGAGAGAAAUAGUAUGUUGAGCAAAGGACAAAUGAAACAGAUGAUCUGCAGUAAAGAUAGAAAAAUACCUGCAGAUAUUAGAAAAGAAGAUUUAGUCAAACAGACAUCAAACAAAGGUCAUUUUCGGAAGCCCUUAGAGGAUACCAAGAAAAAAUCAGAAAAUGUAGGAAAGGCAGACUGCAGUUCAGCUGAUGCAAGGGAAAAGAAGCAAACAGAAAACACAGAGAAGUUGAGAGGUAAGGAUACAGAACUGAGAGAGAAUGAGAAACGAAAAGUACAGAAUAGUCUUAACAAGGAAGAAACAAAUGGAAACAAAAAAAGAAAAGGCAAUAAAGAUGAUGCCUGUAUCUUGGAAGGAAAUGGUGCAGAGAGAGCUAGUAAUAGAAAAGAAAGGGUUAAAAAUAUUGAAACCAUAGAAAAGCAACAUCGAGAGAAGGAUGACCAGUCUCAUAAGAAAAAAAAUAAAGAAAAAAUGGCUGACAAAGAGGAAAUUAGUGUACGAAAUAUGGAGGAAGAAUGUGAAAAAGCCAAGAAAACCAAAGAAAAGAAUUGCCUGAAAAAUAAUGAGCAGACUACGAAAGACCAAAAGGAAAGUAAAAGGGUGAAUGGAAGUAUACAGGAAGAGGUUAUCAUUAAACAUACUGAUCUUGGAAAGUCACAUAAAAGGAAUAUACUCAAACCGAUUGAAAAGAAAUUGGAGAUGAACAUAUUGAAGACUGUUAUAAAAAAAAUACAAAAUGAAAAGAGAGAAGAGAAAAAUUCUGAGAAGGUUAAUAAUAAGUCUUUAAAAGAUAGAAAUAAAGUAAACACUUCGUCACAUUGUGAUAUUAGAGAUCGUGAAACUAGUGAUGAAAUUGCCCAAAGAAUCCACAAAAAUAGUGAUAGCAAAUCAUGUGAAAGUGGAAAGUCAUUGGAUAUGAAUAUACAGGAAAAUAAAAGAAAGUAUGAAAAUGAUCACAUUCACGGAAAUCCCAGAACAAAAAAGAAUAAAUUAGAUGAAACUAUAAGUUCAAAUGAGGUAACAGUAAAUGUAUCUAAUAUUGCAGUGAACCAAGGCAGUAGUGACCAUAGUGCAGUAGUCAGUGAUAGGGACACCUCACAAAGCAAAGAACUGGCGAUUUCUAAUGAAGAUGAGGCAAUACAUUACGAGGCUGUGGAAAUUAAGCAGGAAUAUGUGAAUGCUGUUAAAUCUGAAUUUGAAGAAAGCGACGAACCAUUAUGUGAAAUAUGUGUUAAGGCCGAACCAUUAUGGGAAGUGUAUGUUAAGCCGGAGCCAGUAGAAACUAUUGAAGAAAGUUCAGGAACUGCAGACUAUGAUAAGAAGCGGGAGCUCGAAUUAUAUCUAGGAGAAUGGAUGAAAAUCUGGGAAGUAAAGAAAAAUUUAUUUGAUGAUUUCUAUGAUAUGCUUGUUCAACUGGAUAAACCUGUAUGGAGAAUUGAAACACAUUCAGUACUGUACAACAUUGAAGUAAAUAUGAGACGUUUCUUUUUAGAUGUAUAUUGUAAUCUGUUCUGGGACAAAGCAGCUGUUUGUAACAGCAUGCAACAGUUUCCAAAAUUAGCAGAAUUCUUUUCUUUAUUUGAAAGCAUAGAUGCUGUAUAAAUUAUAAAAUGUUUCAAUAUAUUAUAGUUUUUUAUUUAUGUUUAGGUCAGUGCUUGUAAAAUAAAACUUUCAACCAACA